CCCAGGCCUGUCCUUCAUGGCCAAGGGAUGGAGACCCAGCUUAUUUUUCCAGCUGCCCUGUUUCCCGCCACCUUAUCAGAAAGGGCGAGAAGGUGUCAGAGUUUAGAACCCCCACCCCGCCCUCCCCGUGGGACAGCGCCCAGGUGCAAGGGGGGAGGACAACUCUUGGGCACAGCUAGGCGACUUCUGUCCUGGGAGAGCUUAAAAGGCCCCAGGACAUUUUCCCAGUCUCAGUUGACCUUCCCAACUGGGUGCAGCAUGAAGGGGCUGCUGAUUUUGAGUGUCCUGCUGGGGGCUGUCCUCGCCAGCGAGGACUUUGUGGGGCACCAGGUGCUCCGAAUCUCUGUGGCCGAUGAAGCCCAGGUCCAGAAGGUGACGGAGCUGGAGGAGCUGGAGCACCUGCAGCUGGACUUCUGGCGCGGCCCUGCCCAGCCCGGCUCCCCCAUCGAUGUCCGAGUGCCCUUCCCCAGCAUCCAGGCUGUCAAAGUCUUCCUGGAGGCCCAUGGCAUUGAGUACACGAUCAUGAUUGAGGACGUGCAGUCGCUGCUGGAUGAGGAGCGGGAGCAGAUGUUCGCCUUCCAGGCCCGGGCCGCCUCCACCGACACCUUCAACUACGCCACCUACCACACCCUGGAGGAGAUUUACGGCUUCAUGGACCUGCUGGUGGCCGAGCACCCACAGCUUGUCAGCAAGCUCCAGAUCGGCAACACCUACGAAGGCCGUCCCAUCUACGUGCUGAAGUUUAGUACCGGAGGAAACAACCGUCCCGCCAUCUGGAUCGACACGGGCAUCCAUUCCCGCGAGUGGGUCACGCAGGCCAGUGGGGUCUGGUUUGCAAAGAAGAUCACACAGGACUAUGGCCAAGACCCAGCUUUCACCUCCAUUCUGGACAACAUGGACAUCUUCCUGGAGAUCGUCACCAACCCUGACGGAUUUGCCUUCACCCACAGCAAGAACCGCCUGUGGCGCAAGACUCGCUCCAUCACAGCAGGCUCCUCCUGUGUCGGCGUGGACCCCAACCGGAACUGGGAUGCCGGCUUUGGGUUGGCCGGAGCCAGCAGCAACCCCUGCUCGGAGACUUACCACGGCAAGUUUGCCAAUUCCGAAGUGGAGGUCAAGUCCAUCGUGGAUUUUGUGAAGAACCAUGGGAACAUCAAGGCCUUCAUCUCCAUCCACAGCUACUCCCAGCUCCUCCUCUAUCCCUAUGGCUACACGACAGAGUCAGCUGCCGACCAGGCUGAGCUGGAUCAGCUGGCUGAGUCUGCUGUGAAGGCCUUGUCCUCUCUGUAUGGGACCAAGUUCAAGUAUGGCAGCAUCAUCAAAGCCAUUUACCGAGCCAGUGGAGGCACCAUUGACUGGACCUACAACCAGGGCAUCAAAUACUCCUAUACCUUCGAGCUCCGGGACACCGGGCGCUACGGCUUCCUGCUGCCAGCCUCCCAGAUCAUCCCCACGGCCCAGGAGACGUGGCUGGCACUCCAGACCAUCAUGGAGCACACCCUGAAUCACCCCUAUUGAACCCGCCCUUCGGCCCCCACCUCCUUAGCCUCCCUGACAACCAAAUAAAGUCUGAGUGCACAUGGAACAGAAUCUUGGGACAUGCGUGUGGGAACGCGUGCGGCGCGCCUGCCUUUUCAAGCGGGGGCAGGAGUGAUUUAGUUCCUGCAGGCCUCACUGCAAAUGUGUGGGCGGUUCGACCAGUUGACCCCUAAAUCCCCCUGCAUUCCAAGGUCCUGUGAAGUUGUAUCCAAGUGGCAUCUGUUUUAAUUAGACCACCCUGAGCUCAGCUCGUCAGUGGGGUGAUUUGUUCAUACCGUAGUAGCAAGCAGCAGUCACAGCUGCUAGCCAAAUGCCUGGCACCCCGCUGUGGCGAGGAAUUCUGCUCAUACAAUGGCCUCGCUGGUCGGACCCAUCUGUCUACAGCAGCAACAGCUUUGAUAUGGGGCAGAGUAAUCGUGGUGGCCACCGAGGUCCCAAGUACAUGUUGCAGCCUGGCAAGGAAACUUCUAUAAGGCAAACGUGGUCUCCCAGUCUUGAACUGGAAGAGAGCAAGGAGGGUAAAUGGGAUCAUCUUCGGAAGAUGAAGAACUCCGAUUUCAGGACCAUUUAUUAAUUGUAGUGCAUCACCCAGACUUUGCCUUGAGGACAAAAGUAGUUUCCUUUAUAUUUGCACCUCCUUUCUAGAAUAUUUCUUUCUUUCUUUUUUUUUUUUUUAAGAUUUUAUUUA